UGUAACGCGCUUUCAACUAUCAUCGUCAUCGUCAACAAAGAAAAGGAAAAACGGGAAAAGGAGAGGUGUUGUAAUUUUGGUAUUCGUCCAAGGGCACAACAGUCAACACGAAUCACAUUUUCCUUUCUCUAUUAAACCCGUUUCCUUCCCCCAUUCCCCAACCCCAACCCUACGCUCGCCCUCUCUCUCUCUCUCAAAAUAUCUUUUCUGUUUCCGUGUUUAUCCUAACUUUUUUCUCUGCAGAAAUUCACAACCCUAAUCCUAAUCCGCCUCAAAACCUUUUCAUAUCCUUCGGAUUCAGCAGCAAAAGCACUAGUAAGAAAUGGGUGAGACGAAGGACAACGAUGCAUACGAAGAGGAGCUUCUGGACUACGAGGAAGAAGACGAAAAAGCCCCGGACUCUGUCGGUGCCAAAGUAAACGGCGAGGCAGUCAAGAAGGGUUAUGUUGGGAUCCAUAGUUCAGGAUUCAGGGACUUCCUCUUGAAGCCAGAGCUUUUACGGGCUAUUGUGGACUCUGGAUUUGAACAUCCAUCAGAAGUUCAACAUGAGUGCAUACCACAAGCAAUAUUGGGAAUGGAUGUUAUCUGCCAAGCAAAAUCUGGCAUGGGGAAAACUGCUGUGUUUGUUCUUUCAACAUUACAGCAAAUUGAACCCGUUGCUGGUCAGGUUGCUGCUCUGGUUCUAUGCCAUACAAGGGAACUAGCGUACCAGAUAUGUCAUGAAUUUGAAAGGUUCAGCACAUAUAUACCAGAAAUCAAAGUUGCUGUUUUCUACGGUGGUGUCAACAUCAAGAUCCACAAAGACCUUCUAAAGAAUGAAUGUCCUCACAUUGUUGUUGGAACACCUGGAAGGAUACUUGCUCUGGCAAGAGACAAGGACCUUUCUCUGAGGAAUGUGAGGCAUUUCAUUUUGGACGAGUGUGAUAAGAUGCUCGAAUCUCUUGAUAUGCGAAGAGAUGUUCAGGAGAUUUUCAAGAUGACCCCUCAUGACAAGCAAGUUAUGAUGUUUUCGGCUACUCUCAGCAAGGAGAUUCGACCAGUUUGCAAGAAAUUCAUGCAAGAUCCUAUGGAAAUUUACGUGGACGACGAGGCCAAGUUGACCCUUCAUGGUCUUGUACAGCACUACAUCAAAUUGACUGAGUUGGAGAAAAACCGGAAGCUGAAUGACCUGCUCGAUGCAUUGGAUUUCAAUCAAGUGGUCAUAUUUGUCAAAAGUGUCAAUAGAGCUGCUGAGCUGAACAAGUUGCUUGUGGAGUGUAAUUUUCCUUCUAUUUGCAUCCACUCUGGCAUGUCCCAAGAAGAAAGAUUAACUCGGUACAAGGGAUUCAAGGAGGGGCAUAAGAGGAUUCUAGUAGCAACGGACUUGGUUGGUAGAGGAAUUGACAUAGAACGGGUGAACAUUGUGAUCAACUAUGAUAUGCCUGAUUCUGCAGACACUUACCUGCACAGGGUUGGAAGAGCUGGAAGGUUUGGCACCAAAGGGCUUGCCAUCACAUUUGUUUCCUCUGCAUCUGAUUCAGAUGUUCUUAACCAGGUUCAGGAGAGGUUUGAAGUUGAUAUUAAAGAGCUUCCUGAGCAGAUUGAUACAUCCACAUACAUGCCAUCUUAGAGGCAUUCAAGAACCCCAAUCUCCAAGGAAGAGAGGAGGGAAUUGCCCCGAAGUUUAGUAUUUAGUUCUCUCAAGUAUCUAAAGCAGUUAAAAUAGGUUGAUGGUGUGCCCUUAUGUUCUCCACAUUAGUGUACUAUUAUGCUUUCUUGCCAGUGGCAAUCCAGCAGAGAAAAUUGACAUUGUUAUUUUGAUAGAUACUUGUGUUUGAAUCAAUAUCGUAUCUGAUUUUGCCUGCACUAGUUGGUCCAUCAAUUGAUUUUGAUCGAUGUCAGAUGGUGAAAAAAGAAUCACAUCCUCGAGCUGUAGAAUCAUCAGUCUGCUCCUCUGUAGACAGCCGCUGAUUUGGUUGAUUUAAUUUUGAAUUAUGAGUUCCAGACAUAUGAAAGGGUGGAUUUCAGGAUUUGUAUAAAAUUUCAGCUAUUAAUGAACAUCCUGUCAUGUAACCUUUCAAAUUUUA